UUAUCGACAUUAGCCAUGGCCAACCAUGAGCAAGCUCCUGCUCACAUCCUCCUCAUCCCUUUCCCGGCUCCCGGCAACAUGCUUCCAUUACUGGACUUAGCUCACCAUCUCUCAACCAAACCCAACCUCAUCUCCAUCUCCAUGAUCACCAUCACCAUUGUUGUCUCUCCAAACACUCUCCCUCUCCUCUCCCCUCUCCUUUCCACCUCCUCUUCCAUCCACCCUCUCAUCCUCCCCUUCCCCUCCACCACCACCAUCUCCGAACCUCCUCUCUCCUCCUUCCUAUCCAUCUCCCACUCCCUCUCCACUCUCCUCUCUCCCAUUCUCCAAUGGGCUCUCUCCUCCUCCCCUCCCUUAACCACCAUCAUCUCUGACUUCCUCCUUCCUUGGUCUCAUCAUCUAUCUCAACAACUCUCCAUUCCAAACAUUGUCUUCUGCCCCUUCUCAGCCCUCACUGUCUCACUUGCUCACAGCUUAUGGAGAACCAUGCCUGAACGUGACCUUCCUGACAGUCCUGAUUCUCUUGUCUUCCUCCCUGACAUCCCUUCUUCUCCUUCUUACCCUUGGUACCAUCUCUCCUCCAUGUUCAAACCUCAAAGAGAUGGAGAUCCACUCCAUGGUUUCAUAAAAGAAGCUCUUCUCAAAAAUAUUGACAGUUGGGGCUUCAUCUUUAACACUUUCUCCGACCUUGAAGCUCCAUAUUUGGACCACCUCCGGCGAGACCUCCGCCGAGUCUUUGCAGUCGGUCCGAUACGUCCACUUGAGCAUGCACUGCCGGCGGAUGAUAAAUUGAUAGAAUGGCUUAACACCUGUGACGACCGGUCGGUGGUUUACGUGUGUUUAGGUCCUCAGACAGUGCUAGCUCCGGCGCAGAUGGAAGCCGUGGCGGCGGCGUUGGAGCUUAGUGAAGAGAGGUUUGUGUGGUGUGUGAGAGGGCCGGGAGUGGAGCCGGAGAAGGAGGUGGUGGUGCCGGCGGGGUUUGAGGAGAGAGUGAAGGGGAGAGGGGUGGUGGUGGAGGGGAUGGUGGCGCAAACGGCGGUGCUGGAGCACAGGGCGGUGGCGGUGUUCGUGACGCACUGUGGGUGGAGGUCGGUGAUGGAAGGGAUGGCGGCGGGGGUGAAGAUGAUGACGUGGCCAAUGGGGGCGGACCAGUAUGUGAAUGAGAGGGUUGUGGUGGAGAUGGGGAUGGGAGUUAGGGUUUGUGAGGGAGUGGAUGGAGUGGUGAAUGUGGAGGAGAUGCUGAAGAAGAACUUUACAACAAAAGUUCAUACAGAAGUUGGCAUUUGGAAUUCUAUGAAUUGUUCAAAAUGCUGGUGUCCAGAUGGUAGCCCAAAGCAUCAGGAGUGCGAUCAGCAAGAACUGGAUAAAAUAUGA